CGAAUGCCUGCACAGAUCUGCUCACCCAAAUCACUGUGAUGAAGGCUGAAGGCAUAUUUCAGGAUUGCCUCUCUUUAGGAUUAUCCCUCUGGGAUUCGUAUUUAUGGAGGCUUUUCCAUUGAGCUGUGCUGCACCCGGGUUGUUAUCCCUGCUGGACUGCAACCCUUUUCUAUGGGGGACUUCAGAAUGUGCUGUAUCUGAGCCUUGGCUGAGAAAUGGCCUUCAUUGUGGGUCUCACAGCUCCAGUCAGUGCAGGAGUACAGCACACACACACACUGCAAAGAGCCCCACUGCUACAUCUGACUGGUUCCUAAUGGGCCAAGAUUCUAGACCGGUGAAACUGAUUUAGUGAUUCAGGCAGAAUCUCUUUCCCUUUUUGUUAGAGAGCCAUGCAAUGGCACAGCAUUAUUUAAUCACAUUUUACUGUUUGGUGAUAUUUGCCUUGUAUAUUUAGGAACCUCCCUUCAGCUAGAAACAUCUGUGGGAUGACAAGUUCCUCCCUGCUACCCUCCCUGUUAUGAUGUUGUUCUUGGAUCCUUCAUUUCAGAUAUUCAAGAGAAGUCUUUUCUGAGAUGAAAUAUUACCAGCAAGUACGCCCAAAUGAUGUUUGUGUAGAUGUUAGGCUAAGGCAGAAAAGAGGAGGUAGAAACAAAAUAAAGGGAGGGGACAGCUGGGGUUCACCAGAGGUGCCUGAGAGACAGAGGAGUGGGUGGUCAUUUCUGAGCCACCAAAAUGGAGUCUGCUACAAUGGAUCUGCCCUCCCUGUUAUCCAAUCAGUCAUCAGAGAGCUGUGGGCUGGCAGAUACAACAGUUGAGAACACCCUGUUUGGAUGCUUCUACAUCCUGGUUUUCUUUCUGGCACUGAAUGGUAACAGUCUGGCUCUCUGGAUCUUCUCUCACCAGCGUGGCUCUUCCUCUCCAGCCAACAUCUUCUUGAUUCACCUGGCUGUGGCAGACUUGUCGUAUGUGAUCAUCCUCCCACUGAGGGCCACCUACCACCUCACUGGAGGCCACUGGCCUUUUGGCGAGGUGCCUUGCAGAUUGGCUGGCUUUUUGUUUUAUGUGAACAUGUAUGCCAGCCUGUACUUUCUGGCCUGUGUGGCGGGGGAUCGCUACCUGGCUGUGGUUCACGCUGUGAGGUCACUCAAGGUUCGUCGUGUUCGCUAUGCUCACAUCAUCAGCUUCUCUCUGUGGGCCCUGGUUACUGUGUCCAUGGCACCACUGCUAGUCACCCACCAAACUGCAGAGGUGGACGGUGUCACGGUGUGUUUGCAGCUGUAUAGAGAGAAGGCCUCUCGCAAGGCACUGAUCUCACUUGCUGUAGCCUUCACCCCACCUUUCCUCACCACCCUGUCCUGUUACCUGCUCAUCAUUCACAGCCUGCAUCAAGGUUCCAGGUUAGAGCCGGCUCUCAAGCUGAAGGCCCUGCGCACCAUCGGUCUGGUCAUGCUUAUCUAUGUAGUCUGUUUCCUGCCUUAUCAUGUGAGCAGGGCCACUUUCAUCCUGGGCUACAGCCAUCCUGAUGUCUCCUGCCAGACACGCAGAGGCCUUAGCUUGGCCAACCGCCUCACUUCCUUCCUCACCUGUCUGAACGGUGCUAUGGACCCGCUGAUCUACCUGUUUGGGGCAGAGAAAUUCCGAAGCACUCUAAUGCAAUUGUUUUGCAAAGAUAAGGCCAGUAUGUCAGGAGCCACCAGUGGAGAGUUAAAGGGGACACAUGAGAGCUCUGUGAGUGCCAAAUCUGAGUUUUGAGGAAGAGAUAUUUGAACUUGGUCUGGAGCACUCUUUGAUAUAGAUGCAUUUCACUACACACAAAAAAUUAUCUCUCAUUUAACUGUUGCCUUUGUCUGACUGGAGGCUCAGUCCACAAUGUGGUUGAAACUGUAGCUGCCUAUCUUUAUUUUCAGACCCAGUCACAGUUUCUACUCUACACCUUAUUCUCUGAACCCUGACAGGUUUUUACUGACAUCAUCUGUGUAGGUCCACGAGGGUGUAAGGACUCCAAACACCACAUGAGGAUCUGGACAGAACUUUUUUGUGAACUCACAUUACUUGGACAGGGACAUUCUGGGUAUUCCAUAUUCCAUAUCCAGGUUUACAUAUUCCAUAUGUAAUGAAUUGGAAUGAGUGUUGAUCAAAAGCUGUUUAAAAGCAAAAUGGUCCUUUUUGGUUAUUGUCAUACUCUCAUAAGGCAAAAAACUUUGUCUGUUAGUGACAAUUCCUUCUUGGCAUCUCCUUUUAUGUUUUGUUUGUUUCCAUCUUCAUGCUUCCAAAAUUCCACUGUAGAACCACUAUUGAUUUUGCUUGCAGUGAAGGUUAUUUGCAUGAGCAAAAUCUGAUUGGCCACAGCUUAUGGAAGCGUGCAUAAAGAACUCGAGAACUCUUGGACAUCUUUGAGUGCUAAAGAUAUCAGAACUAAAGAGCUAAACAAGCUUCAUGCUCAUGUGGCAAAAUGAUUUGUGUGUCAAACACCAAAUAAUCAAAUAUGUACAUUGUCAACUUUUGAUGUAUAUUUACUGUUACCAUUUGUAUCUUAUACCAAAUGUGUUAAAUACUCAGUAGUUAAUGUUUAAUAUUAUUUUUUUAGGUUACCUAAGGUUUUUAGCUAUGUUGCAGCAUUGCCCUGGUUGCAAUUCCCAUCAACUUCAGCAAAUGCUAGCAUGACAGCACCCUGUCUCAGAUCUUGAACAUCGUAAAUUACCUGCUAAACAUUAUACUGGUGUUAGCAUUUAGCUCAAAGCACCUCCACACCCGAGUACAGCCUUGCAGAGCUGCUAUGAGUAUUUGUUUUUAAUAUAAUGUGUAUUAAAUGCACUUAAAAAUGUAUCUUCCCUGACUUUUUUGAAAUUGCUGAAAGACACCAGUACCAUGUUUAUUUUGCAUGUGCUAGACAAAUCUUCAUUGUACAUGCAUAUACUGUACAUUGUACAUAUAUGUACUGUAUCUUUAUCAUUAUCCAUCUCCUCUGCUAUGCAUUUACUGGUUUGUCCAAAUUUUUAUGAUACCGCACUUCUGCAUGACAAACUAUAAAUCUUGUUUUACUGUGAGUCAGUUCAUCUAAAUGCUGUCUGCAAAGUAAGCGAUGUUUGAGACAGAAAUGAUUCAUAUUGAUUACUAAGAUAUGAGUUAUAAAUGUUCAUUGUGACUUCAAGUUGCAAAUAAUACACUUCUGAGUGUUGUUACAAGGUCACUCUUCAGAGGAAAUGUUCAGUUUGAAAAACAAAGCUCUCUUGUAAACACUAUGGAUGAUCCACCAGCUUGCUUAUGUCUUACAGCUGACUCACAUGUCGUUCUUUAUUUCUUUUUUGUAUCAGUAACAUCUGCUUUUUAAAUGUGGUUGUAUAUAAAGUAUAUGUAACUAAAUACUGCAGUUGUUGUCACUUGAAAGCAAAAGUAUGAUUUCGCGUCUUCUCUGCAUGAGGUCGUGAGGACGUGAAAUCAUCAUCACUGUAUGUCUGAGACUUUGACAUGCUCUCUGUGAAAGUGGGAAACCUAUUUCAAGUGCAGGACAGAAACCACUGAGGCGGCAGUGACUUGUCACUGUGUAGUUCUCUUUUUGCAUCAUGUGACCCAUGUUGUGGUUUCUGAGCAGCUUAUUUUCCUCCUCUUAUUUUUGCAAGACUUCCUGUCCAUCACAUGAGCAUGGCAAACCUUCUAAAACUGUAUUUCCUGAAUGUAUAGACUAUGUUUUAGAAAACACCUAGCUCUCCUAACUCAC